AUGGCGAUGGAUUUAGUUGCACUAAAAUUAAAUCUAGAUUUAAAGGAUUCGCCGACAAAUCUUCAUUUUCAGUCAACUGGUUUUGAUGAGGGGGUGCAGCGUGUUAGACCCCCAAUGCUAUGCCCCGUCUCUUUACCCCGUCUCUAUACCGAACCAAGUCAGCGUAAUUUAUUUGUUUACACAGUACCUAGAUUGUAGUCCAGUAGAUGGUGGAACAGAACCGAUCGAAGAAGUCCAAAUCUCGCCACGUUCUGUUUAUGUUGAGCUUGACAGGAACCGACAAGACGAAACCGCAAAUGAUGGUGCCUACCAAAAAUUGUUAAAACGCCACUUAACUGGUUAUGAAAUACCUGCUCGUACUGAAGUAGAGUCAUCAUACGAAGAAGUUUACCAUUCAUAUCAAAAAGAACCUAGCUAG